CACGCAGCUGUUGUUGAUAACACCCUGCGGGGGGCCCCCAGCCUGAGUGGCGAGUUUAAGUCUCAGUGCAGCAGUUUUCUUUCCCUUUUCUCCCUUUGUUUUUCUGCCUGUUUUGAACUUCAGUUUUUUAGCUGAUAAAUGGAUCAGUUUGAUCCUAAAGUUGCUGAGAAAGAUACAAGGGUUAUAGCCGCCUCUUUGUCUCCGAUUUCUACCUCUUUUAAGCAAGAAAAGGAGUCUGAUCUGGACAACAAAGAAGACUGCUUGUUGACAAAGGAAGAGGGCAAAGUCCGGUCUGGCAAGCACACUAUGGAGGAAAAGAGGUUGCUGGCUUUGCAGCAAGACAGUGGGAUUCCAUACAACACAAAAAAAGCAACAGCCUGGGGUGUCAGAGUUUGGGAUGAGUGGGCUAAAACUCGAAAUAGCUACAUCAUGGAGCAGGGCGUCCAGCGCAAUGAACUCUUCCUUUACGUGCCUGAACUGUGCUAUGAAAUCACCCACGAUGAACUAAAUUUCUGGCUGUGCAGGUUUGUGCUUGAAGUGCGGAGACAAGAUGGCUCGGAGUACCCACCCAACUCUCUCCGCCUCCUGUGUUGUUCAAUCCUGCGGCACCUGCGGGAGAACUGCAGGCGCUGUGACAUUGAUUUCUUCAACAAACUGAAGCCGGACUUUGCCGAGUUCCGUGCCACCCUCGACGAUCGGAUGAAGCAGCUGCAGCGGCUGGGUAUUGGGCUGGUGAGAAAGCAGGCCCAGCCAUAUACGGAGGAUGAUGAGGAGAGGCUUUGGCAGGUGGUCUUCCAUCUCCGAGAUGCAAAGAGCUACAGUUACGCUGUCUACUUCUACGUGUGCAAAGUCUUUUCCCUCUGCGCCGCGAAGGACCACCAUAAACUAACAGUUGACCAGUUCGAAUUCGGAUGCGACAUGAUCAGUGAGUAUGUGGAGUUUACAGGCAGGCCAAGCAAUCCUCAGGACAGCCUCGACAAGUUGAAAAUUGUCCAGACGAGACAGUAUGCGGAUUCCCCAAACCCAAGAUGCAUAGUUUCUCUGCUGCGACGUUACCUUAGUAUGAUUCCUCAUGAAGGCCCAUUCUACCGCCGCCCCGUGCCUGGCACCAUGCAGUUCUCUGAGCAAGCAAUAGGAGUUCACACUUUGGAGCGAUAUUCCAAAGAGAUAUGUGAAGCUGCAGGAAUUUCAGGGCACCACACGGGACAUUCCGGAAGGGUCAGCAGUGCAACAACCCUGUACAACCGCGGCUUCGACGAGCAGUCAAUUAAAGAACGAACAGGGCCAACAGGCAGUUUGGUGAAGGGUUACAGGAGACCCUCUCCUGCUCAGAUGAAGGCCAUGUCGGACUGCCUGCAACCUCCCAAUCCUCUGAAGAAGAUUUCAGCUUGUUCACCCUCAUCAUCGUCCUCCUUUGAAGACCACAGUUCUCAAGAUGAAGGCCCAAGCAAUAUCAUCAUCAUCUCUGAAGAUGGGACUGAUCACCCACAAGAAGCUACAACUAUAUUCAGUAGACCCGAGGUGAUGAUCACUGAACAAGAUGGUGUACUGAAGAUUGAAAUGCCAUCCCGGACCUCCCCUCUGAUGCCCUUGUCUACACACCAGGCCAUUACAAAGUUAAAAAUAGUGAAAGGAGACAUUGUUUUAGAAUUAAAUUUAUAAGCGUGACAAGCUGUAAAAAUUCCAAGUUCAUUGUUGCACGAUUCAGAUCACAUCCAUCAACAUUGGUAUCAGAUAGUUCUGACAAAGAAUCACCAACCUGACAGGUUAACUCUGUUUACCUCCUCACAGAUGCUUCGCAACCUGCUGAGACUUUCCAGCAUUUUCUGCUUUUAUUUCAGAUUUCCAGCAUCCGCAGUACCUUGCUCUUGUAUUAGCACAAUGGAUGAUGUUUUACAUUGUUUCCUUUCCCCUCAAAAUUAUGCUCACCUUUGCAAGUUAAUAGGUCCAGUGCCCAAGUGGCCAAUCUUCAUGAGACUGGACCAUAAUUGUCAGCAGGUUAUUCAAAUGGGGAGAGUCCUGCAUCAUAGUUAAGAAUGAUACUGUCCUCACCAACAUCCAAGUGCAACUUCUAGCUGGAACCACUGGAUAGUGAUUAUAGCAGGAACCCAGGCUAACUUUCCCCCUCUCUAGGCAAAAGGUGUGAAGGCCCAACUGCCUCUAUUGCUAUUACAACUGAGAUCAAUGGAGAUCAAAAAUGGGAUCUUAAUGGGCUACACAGCUCUAUGAUAUAUUGAUUGUGCAGUUAAUAAGUACCAAAGAGCUGUGACCUGCUUUAAAACUCUACUGCUGACCAACAUACAGUAUGCACUGACUCAUUAAUAUUUAAGUAUGAACAGCCUGGUUUGUUAUCAGCACCACAGAUCCUUACCAAGAAUUGUACACUGGGUUUGGUCUGAACUUCAUAAUAUCACCAGAAUGUAACUAGGCAGUGCAAGGGGGUUAGACACUUUCAACGUUGAAUCCCAGCCUCUCUUUCUAUUAGCCACAAAGGUUCACGAAUGGAUUAAUCUGGGCAUUAUCAAUCCAGGUCCACAUAGGCCCACAGAACAAAAUUGUGCCAAAUUUAGCACUAACUUGGCAAUCUCAUUCAGACAAGCCACAGGAUGGCUGAAGUGGGAAGGCAAACAAUCUCAUACUGAUGUAAUCUCAGGGGUUUGGCUAAGGUUAAUUCUUGAAGCAAACUAGAGUUAAACUCUUCAUCUGACUUGGAAGUAUUUGACUAGACAGUGUAGGAGAUUUCCACGAUAUUUAAUCCACACUGCCCCCACCUUGGAGUGUUUGAUGGAACAGUAGAGAGAUUUAUUGUGUAUCCAACCUGUAUUGUACCUGCCCUAAGCAUGUCUGGUAAGAUAGUACAGAGAGAAUUUAUACUCUAUAUCUAAUCUAUACCACACUUGAUUCAUCUGGAAGUAUUUGAUGAUGAUACUGGGCGUCUGAUAAGCAUAAAUCUGACAUUAAAAAGCUUCAAUAUUGUAGCACAAAAUUGAUAUAGAAUCAGAGUUGAUGAUGUAAGGCUGGAGUACUGUGCAAGGUUGGCAUUGUAAAUUAGACCAAUAUUGAUGUACCUUCAAAAUUGCUCAGGCUGUCUCAAGUAACCAAUAAAUUGAAUCCUAGACAAAUGAUUCUGAAAUUAAA